GCUCCUUAAAGACGAGCUCUGUCAAUCCCUAAAUUAAAGUCUAGGUGUUAAUGAAAUAACCUUUUGAAUGAUGCUAAGUGAAAACAUAAACUUUUAUAGCGAAUUCCAAAGAUAACGUAACGCAAUCAAGUUAGUUGUUUUGGAUGAAUUUCUGAUGCAAGAUGAGUUACAUUUUGGCGCCUCAAACUGUUCCGGAAACGAAGAUCCGAGAAAGAUGCAAGGAUUUGAUACUGGACGAUGACACUUUGAGGGAAAUACAACGCCGAUUUUUGGACAACAUAAAACGGGGCCUCGGAAAAGACACUCACGAAGAGGCCAUCAUCAAAUGCUUCGUCACAUACGUUCAGAACCUCCCCAGCGGAGAAGAAUCCGGAAAAUUCCUGGCUCUGGACCUGGGAGGCACCAACUUCAGGGUCCUCCUGAUCGAACUGAGCCAGAACCACUUCGAGAUGAAGUCCAAGAUAUUCGCCAUACCUCAGCACAUCAUGUUGGGUUCCGGGGAGAGGCUGUUCGAUCACAUCGCAGACUGCCUCUACAAAUUCAUGAAAGAGGAGAACAUAGUCGAUGAGGUUCUACCGCUCGGUUUUACCUUCAGCUUUCCCCUGAUACAGAAGAGUCUCACCACCGGCAUAUUGAAGCGGUGGACCAAAGGUUUCAACUGUUCCAACGUCGUCGGGCACGAUGUUGUACAAUUAUUGUUGGAUGCCAUCGACAGAAGAGGGGAUAUCAAGAUUUCUGUCAUGGCCAUUCUGAACGACUCCACUGGUACUUUGAUGUCUUGCGCUUGGUUGAAUCAUAACUGCAGAAUAGGUCUCAUCGUAGGAACUGGAAGCAAUGCCUGUUACGUAGAGAAACAGAAAAAUGCUGAACUAUUCGAUGGAGAAGAUUUGGGGUCUGGAAACGUUUUGAUAAAUACCGAAUGGGGAGCGUUCGGAGAUGAUGGAGCUCUAAAUUUUGUUAGGACUUGUUAUGAUGAAGAAAUCGAUAAAAAUUCAGUCAACCCAGGAAAACAAUUGCAUGAAAAAAUGAUCUCUGGAAUGUACAUGGGUGAACUCGCAAGGCUGGUUCUUGAGAAAUUAACCAAAGAAGGUCUAUUGUUCGGCGGCAAAGGUUCAGAUAUUCUGUUCACCAGGGGUUCUUUCUAUACCAAAUAUGUCUCAGAAAUCGAGUCCGACAGGCCUGGAACAUAUUCGAAUUGUAUAGAAAUCCUUGAAGAAUUAGGUUUGAAACAUGCCACCGAGCAAGACUAUAUUAAUGUUAGGUUUAUUUGCGAAUGCGUGUCACGUCGAGCGGCCCACCUCGUUUCUGCCGCAGUAGCUGGACUACUGAACAAAAUGGGAGAAAAGAAAGUAACGAUAGGGAUAGACGGUUCAGUGUACAGGUAUCAUCCCCAUUUCCACAACCUAAUGAUGGAGAAAAUUGGUCAUCUGACGGAACCAGGCAUUGUGUACGAUUUGAUGUUGUCUGAAGAUGGUAGUGGUAGAGGUGCGGCCCUGGUUGCAGCAGUGGCGUGUAGGCAUCCUCGGUGAAGGAAUUCAAGGCCUAGAUGAAAAUUUGUACAUAAUAGUUAUAUUUGGGUUCCUACGAUAGACUACCAAUGAAAGUAUGUACAGGCAGCUUGGAUCAAGAAGCCUUACAAAUAUAGAUUUCAAAUAUCGGUCCUUUACUCCAAAAUCUGCUACGAUUUUUAUUGUUCAGACCAAAUUAUUUAUGUCUUAAUUUGUUAGUACUUAUUUUUCGAAGUGAAAGAAAUGUAAUAUAAUUUAUAUAAAUUUUAAGAUUUGUUGUUAUUGGUUUCCUAUUUUUAAUUGAUACUCUGCAAGUUGAAUUUUACGAAUAGAAACGGAACUGCCUUGCUGUGUAAAAUAUUGGGGAAACGUCAGUGAUCUGUAUAAAGUGCUAAAAAUUUUAUCGUUUGAACUUGUCUUUUCAACUAGAUGUAAUUUUGUAAGUACGCAAAUGUACUGAGAAUUUUUCGAUAUCUUUUUUACAAGGCAAUAGUUGCAAUUGAAUACCAAAUCUGGUUUGAUAUAAAUGAAUAUUUUUAUCUAUUUUGAAAUGUCAACUAAUAAAUUGUUAUAUACUCAA